AUGGCUGACUCAGGCGAAGAGCCACAUCACGUUUCGGAGCCUCUCGACCUUGUUCGACUCCUUCUCAACGAGGUUGUCUUUGUCAAGCUUCGAGGAGACCGUGAGCUCAAGGGAAAGCUACACGCUUACGACAGUCACUGUAAUCUGGUAUUGGGAGAAGUCGAGGAGACCAUCUACACUGUGGAUGAGGACGAUGACGAUGAAGAACUCAAGACUAUCAGCCGGAAAUCCGAGAUGCUGUUUGUGAGAGGUGAGUCGAUCUGGGUUCGGCCAUUUCUACAUAUUAACGUCAAGUUAGGCGAUAGUGUUGUCCUUAUCUCACCUGGGGUUCCGUUCUAG